CCUCUUUGCCAGUCAUUCACACAAGAGACUAUCAACUAAGACGGCGACAUGGCUGCACUUAACGGAAAAUGGAAGCUUGCGGAGGUGCAGGGAUUUAGUGACUACAUGGACGCUAUUGGUGUUAGCAAAGAAAAUAAAGAAAAGGGUUUGAAAAUGCUCAUGCCCGAAAACAAUAUCGUUCAGGAAAUAUUGAUAGAUGGUGAUGAUGUAUCGAUAAAAACUAUAACACCACUGUCAACAAUGGAACAGAAGGCCAAACUUAACACCGAGGUCAAUGUUACUGCUCUGGAUGGUCGUCCAAUGAAGGCAACAUUCAAACUUGAUGGAGAAAAACUCAUUGAAGAGCAGAGAGGACCAUUCGAAUCAACUAAUAUAAGAUUCGUUCAAGAUGGAAAGCUUUUGAUGACGCAGACAGCAAAUGGAAUAACAUCUACUAGAAAAUAUAACAAAGUUUGAAAUACUGUGUUUGAGCAAAAAGAUCUAGGGAAUUUAAUGCAUGUAUCGCCUGCAUGCUUGAGCAUUAUUAAAGACGUAAAUAAAUCCAA